GGUCCUUCCCCUCCUGUUGUUGCUGCACGCGGAGCGGCGGGCGAGGGCGAGUAAAGGACUAAAGGUCAUAGGCGCGUGCGUGAGACCGUGGGCAGCUCGAGCUCUGCGGAAACCUACCAAUGAGAGGAGCCGCGUGCAGCGCAACAGCCGACGCCGUGAGGGGAGCAGGGGUGGGCUCGAGCUGAGGGGCUGCUCCGGAGGCGGAGGAGGGACUGGGCUGGCGUGAGUGCCGGGGACAGACCAGUCCUGAGCGCCCAGCUCCGCGCUGCGGAGCCGAGUUUCCCGUGUGAACGGGGCCAGGCCGACCCGCACUAAGUCACUGGUCGAGGCCGUGAGCAGGAGCCGAUCUGCCGUUGCCCUGGGGCUGAGGGGCCGCACUGAGAAACAGCGUGAGGUGAACAACUCCUGCCAGAGUAGGCCCAGGGAGGGAAUGCCCACGCGGCAGUAAAUGAGGUGCUGCGGCUGGCUCCAGGGUUGUAAUAUUGCCCUGUGGAGCUCUGAGGAAGGUCUCCGAGCACGACACUGCUCGCGUUAGGCUCAUGGGGCUCCGGCUGCGAGGCCACGUCAGCUGUCCCCGGCUCUGGGACUCAGUGCGAUUUAUGGACAGAGGUCAUGUUGGAAGCCUGCUGUACAGUUUUUCUUUUCUUUUUCUGCUAUCAAGUUGCCUCAGCAGAAGUUCACAGAGAAGGACAUUAUGUUGCUGCUGUGUACGAACAUCGACCCAUACUGAGUCCUAACCCAGCAACCCUGACUGAUCGACGCUCUGCAUUAGAGUUGAUGAGCAGAAACCUAUAUAUAUAUGAAGAGCAAGUAAUAGCUGCAGCCAAACAGGGGGCACAGAUCAUUGUAUUUCCUGAAGAUGGAAUCCAUGGCUUCAACUUCACUAGAGAGUCCAUUUACCCUUAUUUGGAGUUUGUUCCAUGUCCCCAGUCUGUGAAAUGGAAUCCAUGCAGAGAGCCACAUCUGUUCAGUGAUACAGAGGUUCUUCAGCAACUGAGCUGCAUGGCACUGAGGAGCAAAAUGUUUCUAGUGGCAAACAUAGGAGCUAAGCAGCCCUGCGAGUAUAAUGAUCCCCUCUGCCCACCUGAUGGGAGAUACCAGUUUAAUACUGAUGUGGUAUUCAACGCCAAUGGUACUCUGGUAGCCAGAUACCGCAAACAAAACCUGUAUUUUGAAUAUGCUUUCAAUACGCCUCCAGAGGUUGAUUAUGUGCUUUUUGAUACACCUUUUGCUGGCAAGUUUGGCGUGUUCACUUGCUUUGAUAUACUCUUCUAUGAGCCUGCGGUAAGCCUUGUCAAGGAAUACAAUGUGAAGCAGGUUGUGUAUCCAACUGCAUGGAUGAACCAGCUCCCACUCCUGUCCGCUGUAGAAUUUCAACAAGCUUUUGCAACUGCUUUUAAUAUCAAUGUUUUGGCAGCUAAUAUCCACCACCCUGCACUGGGUAUGACAGGUAGUGGCAUAUACACGCCAUUAAAGUCUUUCAUCUACCAUGACAUGGAAAGUCAUGAUGGCAAACUUAUAGUAGCAGAGAUCUCUGUGAUGACACCAGAGCAUGAACCCCAACUGGAGAGCAAUGCAAGACCCAGAAAGAGCAUUGAAUACCCCCACAACAAUUUUGCAAGCCUUCACAUAGAUGAUCAGGUUUGCAAUAAGAAGGAACAAAAGGCCCACUGCUGGGUAGCAGAAAAGGAAGACAAAGAAGCCCCUCUGAUAUUUUACAGGGAGAUGAUGUAUGACAAUUUCACUUUGGUUCCUGUAAGGGGAACUAAAGGGGAGCUCCAGGUUUGUGCCAACACCCUCUGUUGUUAUUUAAGUUACCAGAGACCUACUAUAUCUGAUGAAUUGUAUGCUUUGGGUGUCUUUGAUGGGCUUCAUACAGUCCAUGGCACAUACUAUGUUCAGGUUUGUGCCUUAGUGAAGUGUGGUGGCCUCAGCUAUAGCACCUGUGGGCAGGAGGUCACAGAUGCCACUGCUUUGAUAGAUUUUGAGCUGGGGGGAAAUUUUAGUACUUCCUAUAUCUUUCCUCUGCUGCUUAUGUCUGGUAUUAACCUAGACUUCACUGAUCACUUGGGUUGGAAAAACAACUACUAUUUCAUGAGCAAAAGUGGACUAUCCUCUGGUUUAGUGACAGCUGCUUUGUAUGGACGAUGGUAUGAGAGGGACUAGUGCAGAUUUGACCCGAAAUCAAGUGCCAAAAUUUUCAAGCUAGGCUCCUAAAAUAAAUGGCCUUCUUUUCAGAGGUGCUGAACACCUGCAACUUUUAGGACUUCAAUUAUGUAUGCUUAGAACAUGACUAUUAUUAGACUUCCAAGUUUGAAAAUAUUGACCAAAGUGCUUUAUCCAAUGAAUAGGCCAUAAUCUGUGAUCUGUACCUUGCUACUAUUUCAACUACCAACAGCAAUAAGCCCUCAGGAAGAAAGGGUUAUCAGUGUAAAAUGUGACAAAAUGUUUUAUAUUAUGACAAUAUAGUACUCAGUUGGAUUCACCAUGCUCUGUUUUUAUCUUAAAAGUGAUAAAAAGGCAACUAAGUAA